UAGGAUAUACAUCGUUGAUGACGUCAUGAGGUUCCGAUUAAAAAAAACUAUUCAAGUCUUAAUAGCUUGCGCAUGCGUGCUUGUCUACAUCAAUUUUCAUUUUGCACCCAAAUCUAUUCUUGGAGGAUACCAUUCCCGUUUUUUUAAAGAGGUAGUGAGAAAACUGGAGCAGCCUGUCCUUGAAAGGAACUCUACGAAUGUCUCCAACUAUGGAAUAAAUGAACGGAUGUUUGGUGUUAAUCAACAGGACUUAGAGAUCUACCCCAAGUCUGAAAACUAUGACGACGACAGAAUUCUAGCCCAGCUGCGAUUUGUUCCCCGUUCAGUUCAGAAUUUGCUUCAGUCGGGUUCUACGGUGCCACUACGAAAAAUUUUCCUUUACAACGGUCUUGGAGGCUGGGAUGUAAAGUACGGUCAGGAAUCUUUCCUGGAACAGAAGUGUGCUGUGCCUUACUGUGAGAUCACAGACUCUAGAUCCAGCCUACAGGAGGCGCAUGUAGUGCUGCUUCAAGGCAUACCCAAACCCUCAAACAAGCCCCCACAUCAAAAGUGGCUUCUUUUUUUGCUCGAAUCUCCCUACCACACACCAGGGCUGGAGGCUGCCGCGGGACUGAUCAACUGGACUGCCACCUACCGUAGAGACUCCACGAUCGUCGCCCCUUAUGAAAAAUUUGUUCCGUUUAAUGCAAGUGUUUUAACCAAACAUCAAGAGAAGAACUACGCCCUGGGCAAAACAAAAAAGGUCGCCUGGUUUGUGUCCAAUUGCGGAGCCAGGAACGGUCGUAGACAAUAUGCUGAUGAGCUGGCUAAAUAUAUCCAGGUGGACAUCUACGGGACUUGUGGGACCCUCAAGUGCCCACGCUACGAGGCCAACCGAUGUUUUGACAUGCUCAACACAGACUACAAGUUUUAUUUGUCUUUUGAAAAUUCAAACUGUCGGGACUAUAUCACAGAGAAGUUUUUUGUCAAUGGUCUCAAACAUGACGUCAUCCCUAUUGUCAUGGGCGCGGCGCCCGAGGACUACAGGCGUGCGGCCCCACCCCACAGCUUCAUCCACGUAGAUGACUUCGAGUCGCCGAAAGCUUUGGCUGAAUACCUGCACACGUUAGACAACAACGACAACUUAUACAACGAAUAUUUUCAGUGGAAAGGGACUGGUGAUUUGAUCAACACUCACUUCUGGUGCAGAGUGUGUGCACUAGCCCAUGACGAUGAGCGGGGACCGUCAUGGUACACUAACCUCGAUUCUUGGUGGCGGGGCGCUGAAGUGUGCAUAGGACAAGACAGCUGGCGCAACUUGUCACGCAAACAUUUGAUAGGGGAUCUGCCAGUCAGUCAGCUAGUCAGGAAUUUAACCACUGUCUAGAUGGACUUUUCAUUCAUUAAGCUGGGACGAAGACGAAGAAUGUGACGAAUGAUGUGAUGAAGGAUGUGACGAAGGAUGUGACGUAGAAUGUGACGUAGGAUGUGACGUAGAAUGUGACGUAAAAUGUGACGUAGAAUGUGACGUAGAAUGUAACGUAGAAUGUGACGAAGAAUGUGACGAAGAAUGUGACGAAGGAUGAGACCAAUUAUUUAUUUUUUUAUGCACAAAGUUGAUGUCAUACAAACACCCUUUCGACUUCCCACUACCACCUCUACCACUUCUGCAACCUCUACCACCUCCCCUCUAACAUUGCCGCCACUUCCCCUCCUCAAUAUUAACCUUACACUAACCCCAACCCAAAAUUAAAAAAAGGUAGUUAACUUAAAGUUAGCUUAUUAUAACAUAUAUUAUACCAUAAACAUUUUAAUAAAUAUAUCACAGUUUUUAUAACAGAUAUAAAUAUCUUUUCAAUUAAAACAAAAGGUAUGUGAGAUGAAAAUAAGGCCGAUGUAUUACACCUAACCCCUUGUCAUAUAUCGGUCAAUACUUGAGUUAUUUCCCUUGGCAGUGUGUGCUUUAAAAGGCUAGAGAAAUUUACCCUAACCCUUAGGCAAGUCGGUUAAUGGGAUUUUCUUAUGAUCUUCUUCUUCUUCGUUCUUAAUCUUUAGUGUUGAAAGGGGUCGAGCCUUAUCUGCCAGAAGGUUUGAACUCGAGACAUUUUUCGAAUGUAUCAACCAUGAGCUUUUGCAGACUCGACCACGCCUCCAUCACAAUUAAGUAUACGUGUCAACUGGUUAUGCACCAUUAAGGCCAUUGACUCCGAUUUCAGCCUGCUUUUCUUUUUGGAUUUGCUUCCAUAGCCUUUGUCCAACCAAGAACAAACUGCAAGACAGCAGUUGUUUGAAUUUGGAGUUGUCUCUCCUAGAAGAGUGGCUGUCCCCAGCUAACGAGCCUCAUCUGCCCGAGGGUUCGAACUCGAUACUUUUCGGUUUAGCAACCAUGAGCUUUACCGACUCGAACACUACGACCCCUUCUUAUGAUAAAGGGUUAGGGUUAGGCAAGUCGGUUAAUGGGAUUUUCUUAUGAUCUAUUUUUAAAGCUAGACGUUUUGGCUGUUAACAUUUUUCAACCACACACUUUGUACAAUGUUUGUAUGUUAACUUCGUAUCUUUUGCUGCAUGUAUAAAGUUAGUUUUACUUUAUCUAUUCAAAACAGCCUGAAAUUCCAAGGAUAUAUAUAUAUAUAUAUAUAUAUAUAUAUAUAUAUAUAUAUAUAUAUAUAUAUAUAUAUAUAUAUAUAUAUAUUGUAUUCGACCAUAAAACUAACUCAACAAUUUGUAUUUUUGAAUAGAUUAUAGAUUUUCUUAUGUCAUAAAAAAUAAGUUCCUAACCCUAAACACUAAUCCUAAGAAAAAUUAUUUUAAUUUACAAAUAGUGAAAAGGGUCGUAGGAGUACUUUAUGUUUUAAACGAAUUUACCCCCACUCCCACCCCUUUUUCCACCCUGCGUCACAUCGUCACAAAAUGUCUUGCCCCACCCUACAGUCUUGAUCCACACUUUUAUUUAAUAACUUUAUUCGUGAUGUUUUAAAGGUGGCAUUUUAAAGGUGAUGUUUUAAAGGUGACAUUUUAAAGGUGAUGUUUUAAAGGUGGCAUUUUAAAGGAGAUGUUUUAAAGGUGGCAUUUUAAAGGUGAUGUUUUAAAGGUGGCAUUUUAAAGGUGAUGUUUUAAAGGUGGCAUUUUAAAGGUGAUGUUUUAAAGGUGAUGUUUAUCUAAAUCAAUUAUUUACCUGGAUAAAAAUUUCUUUGAUAGUUUUUUCUAAAACAAUUAUUGAGCUGGAUAACCCUAACCCAUAAGGUGCAUUAAUAAUCCAUUUUGAUUUCAAUCUGAAGAGUCCCACUUUUUGAUGACUUCACACUUUCAGAAUCAUUUUUCACACAUUGUCUCAUAAUAUAAGCAAGUCGUCGUUUGGGUUAGGGUUUUGGUUAGGGUUAGGGUUUGGGUUAGGGUUUGGGUUUGGGUUAAGGUUUGGUAAUCCUCAGCUAUACCAUUAGGCUCUAGCUCACAUGGGAUCUUUUAACACCCUCUUAUAUGAUAUAACCCUAACUAUAACCUUAACCCUAACUCUAAAUCUAACCCUAACUCUAACUCUAAUCCUAACUCAAACUCUAACUCUAAUCCUAACUCUAACCUUAACCCUAACUCUAACUCUAACUCUAAUCCUAACUCUAACCUUAACCUUAACCCUAACUCUAAUCCUAACUCUAACUCUAAUCCUAACUCUAACCUGCAUCCCAAACUUAACGAUGGCAAACAUUAUGGUGCACAAAAUUAAUUUUUUUUUUGUUUGCAACUAUUAAUUUUUUUCUUCGUUAUUUAACGCAGUUUAAUUUAUCACUAUUAUGGAAAAUGGAUGGAAAAAUUACUUGAUAAUUUGGUUGUUGACUUAUAUAAGGUAUUUAAUUGAUUAUUUACAUAUUUUAUUUAAUUCAUGACUUGCAUUAAUUUUUAUUUUUGUAUUUAUUGAUCUAUUUGAUUUGCUUGUGUUUAAAAUGUGCGCUUAAUCUCUGUGUCACGUGUCUUCUAUGUGUGAUAUGCGUGUCAUAUAUGUGUUUUUUCGUACGUUUCAUGUGUGUUUCAAGUCUAAUUUAUGUGCGUCUCUGUGUGUCUCACAUAUGAAUCAAUUCAACAAAUAAUUUCACCUGUUGGUUUGUUCUAAACCUUGUGAUAUAAAACACCGGGACAAGCCAGGAUAGGUGCAUGACAAGAUGAUCAUUAAAACAUUUCUUUCAAUAAUUUCAAAAGAAGAUGAAGUUAUCACGUGCCUAAUUAUUGAUUAACUAAUUAUUUGAAAAAACGGAAUAAUAAUUUAACAACCAAUUAAAAUCGUGAAAGAUUUUUGCAUCUAUUUAUUCAACCGUGGUAUUUCAACAUAUGUAAUGCAUAUUAUCUUACCUGAUCCAUAAAAAGCUGCAUAGCAAUGUAAAAUAUUUGAUUGUAAAUAAAAAAUUUUUGUUAAGGUGGUGGAGUUGAAUGGUAUGGUUUUGUUUUUUAUGGAAAUUUUUUUUUUUGAGAUUUUUUUCCCCUUCUUUUUCGUAUAUGAUGAAUUUAGAUAAUAUUGAAUUGUGAUACUUAAAGCGUAUGAAAUCUAAUUAUGUACAAUUUGAUGUUUGGUUUGUAUAAAUGUGUAAAAUAAAAAAACUCCAUGAAGAAAAAAGAAUAACAUGCUGUUAAAUUUUCAUAUUUCGUGCGAUUGUCUUUUAUUAAAUCGAACUUUUAAA